GGCCAUCGAUACAGUAGGGUACCUAACAUAAAACAUGGAUGCCGCCAGCUCUGCGCGACGUCACACAUUUCCCUUUCAGCUCGCCUGAAAAGUGGUCUGUCAUGGUUCUAUUUCCUAUUUCUCAACCGUCAAUCCAGGCUCGUUGAGCAGGUAUAGGCACUCGAAUUAUUUAUCUGGAUAAUUGCGACCACCUCUUCUAUCUCAAGUAGGGAACUUGGCAGCUUAUGAAGAACUAGAGGUACGCAACAAACAGAUAAAGUCAAGCGGCGAUCACUGGUCGCCCUCCUCGACUUCAAAAUGGCAGCAAGCGAAGGCAGGCAUCCGGUAUCACAUACCCCGGCGGUGACAACCGUAUUCGCCGAGGGGGAUAUGCCAGACCACAUCGCCGAGAUGUCAGAGGAUGAAGCUGCGCUCGCGGCGCUCGGUUACAAGCAGGAAUUUAAGCGCGAAUUCUCCGCUUGGACGACUUUCGCUGUGAGCUUCGCUGUGAUGGGUCUGUUACCGAGUAUUGCUACUACUAUGUGGUACGGGCUCGGUUAUGCGGGGCCUGCGGCGAAUACCUGGGGUUGGUUAUUAUCUGUCUUCUUUAUUAUAUGUGUUGCCGCUUCGAUGGCAGAACUAGCAAGUAGUAUGCCAACUUCCGGUGGGCUAUAUUACGCAGCAGCGGUGCUGGCUGGCCCCAAGUACGGCCCUUUCGCUGCUUGGAUAACUGGUUGGAGCAACUGGUUCGUUCAGGUUACGGGGUCACCGAGUGUAGAUUAUGGAUGUGCUGCCAUGAUUCUGGCCGCAGCGUCGAUAGUGAACCCCGACUAUACACCAACAAACUACCAGACAUUUCUACUAACCGUAUUAAUCAUGUUGACGCACGCCUGUAUCAGCAGCAUGCCGACGUUGUGGAUUGCAAAUUUUAACUCUGUUGGGACAACCAUCAACCUCCUCUGUCUUCUCAUUACCAUUAUAAUCAUCCCCACCGCGACGAUGGGUGACCCCAAAUUCCAACCGAACGAGUUUGCAUGGGGAAUCCAAAACAGUACAGACUGGCCUGAUGGUGUCGCCGUCUUAAUGUCGUUCCUCUCGAUUAUAUGGACGAUGUCUGGCUACGACGCUAGCUUCCACCUCUCCGAAGAAUGUUCAAACGCAGCCGUCGCCACGCCAAGGUCUAUAGUCAUGACUGCCGGGUCAGGAUCAAUUCUCGGUUUUAUAUUAAACGCUCUCAUUGCGUAUACGAUCAAAGAUGUGGCAGAGGUCUUAGAAAGCGAUCUGGGCCAACCGUUCGCCGCAUAUCUUAUCCAAAUCCUGCCGCGAAACGUGGCACUAGCCGUCCUUUCUAUGACCAUCGUAUGCGCUUACAUGAUGGGACAGGGAUGUAUGGUGGCCGCGUCGCGAGUUUGCUUCGCUUACGCACGAGACGACUGCUUCGGCGUAGUUAGCCGGCCCCUAAAACAAGUCAACCGACACACGUUGACUCCGGUGAAUGCAGUUUGGUUCAACACGGCGAUCGGGAUUCUGUUGCUGCUACUGAUUUUCGGAGGAGCAGCUAUCGAUGCUAUUUUCAGCAUCGGUGCCAUCGCGGCAUACGUCGCCUUCACGACGCCGAUCUUCCUCAAAAUCGUGUUUGUCGGCAACCGCUUCCGGCGCGGGCCCUGGCACCUCGGCCCCUUGAGUUUACCUUCGGGCAUCGCCGCCUGCUGUUUCGUCGUGGUUAUGCUGCCUAUUCUGUGCUUCCCAAGCGCACGGGGCGAGAAUUUAACCCCGGAGAACAUGAACUGGACUGCGCUUGUUUACGGCGCACCGAUGGUGUUGAUUCUCGUAUGGUUUUUCGUGGAUGCCCAUAAGUGGUUUAAGGGGCCAAAAAUCAAUAUCGAGCAUCAUAUGCUUCAUCAAAACCUCCCUCGCGUGGAAGGCAUCGAGACACCAGCGGCAAGCGGCAUUUCGGGGAGCGGAAAGGAUUCGGAUAUAGAACGGGGUUCGGUCUCAAAGGUACCAUCAAUUUAACUGGAAGAUAUAAACCACCUAGGGUAGGUUAGGUACCUUUAGUGGCGAUACUUCUUUCAAUGUAUAGGGACCUUGGUUUAGAAUUUAGAAUAUAAGGACGAAUGGGUAGACUCACCUGAUCUAUUUCCAAUUUUAUUAGGUACCUACAGUUAACCCUUACUCGAAAGAAGAUGAUGCUAUGUUAUUUUCGCACAUUUGCAUGUUGGAACGAUUGUACCCGUACAUCGUAUUAGCAUCCAGACCGAGAAAUGAGUCCAGCCCAAGUUUAAAACUUGAAUUGAGUGUAUAUUGGUUUGAAAGAGCGACUAUAGAAGUAAAUGCUAUCCUAGAUGCU